UGAUAGUUCAUGCCUCUAACAGUUGUUCGCGCUAAAAUAUAAAGACUAGAAUUGUACAGUUUCAUUCCCCAAGAUUAAAUUCAACGUUUACUUCAGUUUUUUCGAAACAAAGUAAUUCAUUUGACGUGCUUGCUAUGGUAGAUAAACAAGAGCGAUAUUUCGUGUUUUCAGCGGAACGAGUGGUGCUUUAAUCUAAGAGGAAACAAAUAUCCUUCAAAAAUCUAAAUAUCUGCCACUCUAGUGGUACCAGGUGGGUGGCUCCCCCAAGUCUUGCUCUCUCGAAGGUUGCUUUCUUUUGUCACUGUUUCUCACUUUUCAGUAAGCAGUAUUGCUUAGUCUGUGUAUAACGUGAAAUCAAAUGCUCUGUUUUCAAGUCGCUUUAUUCCUUUCUUCUUCCUUCCGUCUUGCUUGCUAAAUUUAGCAGAAACCCAUUUCCUACCACUUCUCCAUAUGCCCCUUUUACCAUAUCUUUACUAUUUCUGUGUGUAAUUUGUUCAGUAUUUUUUCAUGUAUCAGCAUUCAUCAAAUUGUUGAAGAAAAGGAAGAGUUUUGUUUGUUCUAGAGCUGCAAGUCUUUAUCAAAUUUGUAUUGUUUCAAGCUUUUUGCUGACUUUGGGAUUCCGAUGGUUUUCAUUGAAUCGAAAUUUUAUUUGACUUGGAUCAAGUUUCUUCCUUUUUAGUUUCAUUUUCCUUCACCUUGGUCAAUUUUCUUUGGACCAAACUUCUUUUCCAUCUCUCAAGUUCACUGUGAUUCUACUUUUUUUUCUUUGAUCAUUUAGACACUUAAUAGGCUAGUAUCUUGAUUUUAAAUUAUGAAUUUUUUGUGGAGACCUCACUUGUAUUUGCUCCACUUAUUUCUCUUCCUCCUUCACCUCCAAUCCCUUUCUUCGUAUAACACACCCUUGGAUUGUAAGGACACAGCCCGCGUCUGCACUUCUUUCUUGGCUUUUAAGCCUCAACCAAAUCAAACCUUAGCCUUGGUUCAGAGCAUGUUUGAUGUAUUGCCUAAAGACAUUACUGUUGAAGGCAACGGUCGGGACUACUUAUUUAUCAAAAAGAACUGUUCGUGUGCCGCUGAUACAAAAAAAUACGUAUCCAGAACCACUUAUACUGUAAAAUCUAAUGAAGCGUUGGUGCAUGAUUUGGUGAUAAAGGCCUAUGAUGGGCUUGGUUUCUUGCCCAAAACCACGAGGAGGGCAGAAAAAGGCGCCGUUAUAACAUUGAAAUUGUUUUGUGGUUGCUCCAGUGGACCCUGGAACUAUAUGAUGAGUUAUGUGGUUAGAGAAGGUGAUAGCGUUGAAUCUCUUGCGAGUCGGUUUGGAGUUAGUAUGGAUAAUAUAGAGACAGUAAAUGGCAUCAACAAUCCUGAUAAUAUCACCGUGGGUUCCCUCUAUUAUAUACCUCUUAAUUCGGUUCCUGGUGAGCCAUAUGUGCAAAAGAAUGAUACUUCUGCAGCUCCUGUUCCUGCCCCUUCUAUUGAAAACGUUUCUGCUAGCCAAGUCAGUCAUGCUCAUGCACCCUACGUAUGGAUUGUUGGGGGUCUAGGGAUUGGUCUUGCCCUGAUAAUAUUAAGCAUAAUUCUUUAUUUCUGUGUGAGAUCCUCCAAUUCUUUUGCUGAAGCAAGGAUAAGUCAUGAAAAAGAUGAUGAAGGAAAGAUCCCUCACAAAUUUCAUAUCCUUCAAAAUCCAAGCUUUUGCUGUGGUUCAGGAAGGUACAUACAGGGAAAACCUGUGGAACAAAGGCAAUAUGAUCGUGAAUCCAGCAACAAGCAGGUCACGGCCCCCAAAGUUUCAACUUUGGGAAUUGAUGUCUUUGAAGUGGAGAACCCUGUUGUUUUCACGUAUGAAGAGAUUUUUUCUGCAACUGAUGGUUUCUCUGAUUCAAAUCUACUUGGGCAUGGUAUUUAUGGUUCUGUUUAUUAUGGCUUCCUUCGUGACCAGGAGGUUGCUAUUAAAAGAAUGACUGCUACAAAAACUAAAGAAUUCUUGUCAGAGAUGAAGGUCCUGGGCAAGGCUCAUCAUGCAAAUCUGGUAGAAUUGAUCGGCUAUGCUACUAGUCAUGAUGAGCUUUUCCUUAUUUAUGAAUACGCCCAGAAGGGUUCACUUGGAAGCCAUUUGCAUGAUCCACUGACUAAGGGUUCUUCCCCACUAUCUUGGAUCAUGAGGGUCCAGAUAGCACUUGAUGCUGCUAGGGGUGUUGAGUACAUACAUGAGCACACCAAAACCAAUUAUGUCCAUAGAGAUAUCAAGACAAGCAACAUCUUACUGGAUGCUUCCUUUAGAGCAAAAAUUUCAGAUUUUGGUUUAGCAAAACUUGUUGGGAAAGCAAAUGAAGAAGAAAUUACUGCUACCAAAGUUGUUGGCACAUAUGGUUAUCUUGCACCGGAAUACUUGAGUGAUGGCCGUGCAACGACCAAAAGUGAUGUCUAUGCAUUUGGAAUUGUUCUUCUUGAGAUAAUAUCAGGGAAGGAGGCCACUAUUCGGACAGAAGGCACAAGGUCAAAAAAUCCUGAGAGACGUUCUCUUGUAUCUAUUAUGUUGGCAGCUCUUAGGAACUCACCUGACUCAAUGAGCAUGUCUAGUUUGAGAACUCAUAUUGAUCCUAAUAUGAUGGACCUGUAUCCCCAUGAUUGUGUAUUUAAGAUGGCCAUGCUGGCAAAGCAAUGCGUGGAUGAUGAUCCCAUCUUAAGACCUGAUAUGAAACAAGUUGUGAUUUCGCUCUCACAGAUCCUCCUGUCUUCUAUUGAGUGGGAAGCAACUCUAGCAGGGAACAGCCAAGUAUUCAGUGGCCUUGUUCAAGGAAGAUAGAUACCAACGUCUUUCAUUUACUACUUCACAGGUUUCUUUGUAGUAUUCUUUUUGUUACUAAGAGGUAUUAGAUUCAAACUACUGCUAUACUACGUAUAGGCUAAAGAGUUGUGUGUGUGCGUGAGAGAGAGAGAGCAACCCUGUCUCCUUAAUUGGCGGGAAAGCAUCUCAUUUUGGUUCUGUCUGAAUUUCUCAGCUUCUAGUAAAUCAUCUUUUUCCUUAAAUUACAAUCUGUGUAUAAAUUUUACGACGUAAAUUACACUGUGAUGAUGACAGAGCUGUGGGAGGAUUUCAGCGCUCUAGUGAUA